UAAAACGACCCCGAAACGUUAUGAUGAUGUUAACAUUGGAGCUGCUCAUACUUGUAUUGAUCAAUGUAAAUACAAUAUUGGGAAUUGUUAAUAGUAGUUGUACUUUCGAAAGUGGCCAGUGCGGUUGGUCGGUCAACGGUUUGGAUAGAUACAAGUGGAAACGUACACGCGGAAUUAGUCGUCAUUCAUCUACAGGACCAGACAAAGAUCACACAACUGCAUCUGAAAAUGGUUACUACUUUUACACUAAAUCUCAAAGUCCAACGAAAGAAAACGAUGUGACUGAUCUGCAGUCUGGUUUGAUAAAUCAGUGUCCAAAGCAGAUUUUGACAUUUUGGUAUCAUAUGUAUGGGGAACACAUCAACACUUUGAAAGUAUUUCAAGUCAAAAAUACACGUUUAAUUGAAUUGUGGAAGAAGUUGGGUACCCAGGGGAACACAUGGCAUUUCCAGUCGCUGUCGUUGGAUGAUAUCGGACCAUAUCAAAUUAUGUUUAGAGCGACACGUGGUAAUGGAUACACAAGUGGAAUUGCUGUUGACGAUAUCUUUGUUAACAACACAAAUUGCAAGAAAGAUUUAGUUGUAGGCUUGGUUAUAGGAGGUUUAUUACUAGUCUGUGUUAUUACUGUGAUUGUUGUUCUCAUUAAAAGGCAAUCACUCAAAUCUAGAAGAACAAGAGAAACAAUCAAUAAUCAUUCCGGAGGCUAUGACUAUAUUGAAAGUCACGAUUUAGCAUUUCCUUUAACCGCUAAUCAUUCCAGGCAUAUGCCAAAUGAUGGCAAAAAUACUAAUACUGAAUAUGCAGUGCGUCGGAAUACAACUUUAUCAGGCAAUCCAACUCUAAGUGACCAUAAAUAUUCAAUCGUGGAUCAAACACCUGAAACACUAUUAAGUGAGAGAAGAGACGAAGGAAAAGGAACUACAGACAGUUAUAUGGUAUUAGAUCCGUCUGCCACAGGUUUCAAUAGAAUACAAUUGCCUAACACUUAUGAGUUUGCAACGCCUGAUAUUGAUGCAGAAAACAACAUUGGCGACGAAGAUCAAUACGCUUUAUCUGAGGAAGGAGCCUACGAUCAUUCGGGAAAUAAUCGUCACAAAGAAUCAGAGGUUAACAUUUACAACCAUUCAGUUGAUACUAUUUACGACUCUGGAAGUCACAAAAGAAAAGAAGAAGGAAGGGAAGACACAUAUGAUCAUUUCUUUGGACAAAAAACUGAAGAUGAUUAUGAUAUAUCAACAACGACAUGAACCCAAGAAAUAGACAUGAUAAUACAUUUAUUUGUCGAUAUUUUGUAUGUGGUUCGUAAGUUUUGUUUUCAUUUUCAAAAGAAGUAUAUAUGUAUAUAGUUACAC